AAUCUUAGUUUAGAAGAAUUACUUUGCUCAUUAAAAAAUAAGCUCUGAAACUAUAAAUUAAAAAUAGGAAAGGUUAUUUUAGACAUGUAAUCACUGGAAGUUGAUUAUCUAUGUAUCAUAUUCUAGUCUCAAGGUCAUGUUGAAUAUUUUCAGUGGCUUAAUCACAUACAGUAUGAAACAGUAAUGAGAGCAAUGCAGUCCUGGAUGACCUAGUACAGAUGUAGGGAUUAACAUACACUCAUCGAAUCUGAUUUCCUUGUUUUCUCUAAAUGCAAUAAAAAUAUAGCAUAUUAAGAGUACUAAAAAUGUAGCCAUAUACACAAAUAUAUGUAAAUUCAUGUAUGUAAAAUCAUACAUACAUUUGUGUAUGUGUUAUGGGUUAGGAAAUACCUAAUUUUCAUAUAUUCAUAUAGAAAAGAAUCAUGUGAGCCCAUUUAUCCUGUCUGAAUAUUUCUAUAAUAUCACAAGAAAAUUAUAAGCUGAAAUCUAACAAAAAGAUUUUGGUUUUAUUAGAAAGAUAAUAGUAACUUUCUGAAGGGUUUGUGAGAAAUUAGACUAUUGGAAUCCAUAUUUCCUACAUAAUACUCAAUAAAUUAAUGACUUGUCCUUAAAUGUUUGGAAAAGGUUAGAGAUCACAAUUUAUGCCGAGCAAUAAAAAAUUCUUUAGGUUGAUAACCUCCUUUCCCCAUUUUUUUUUUCAGUUUGCAGAUACAACUGAAAAUAUCCUGUACCUCUGUGUACACAUGCAAAUGAAUGAGGAAACAGAGACAAUUAUGAAAAUAAGCUGGGCUUUAAAUUUCUUUUUCUAUCAAAAGAAAGGUUUUGGCUAGAGUUAUCCAGUAUUACUUCAAGUCUGCAAAUCAAGCAGUGGUGGUCAAUUCUUAGAAGUAUACUCCCAACUUCCAUUUUUAAUCUCAAAGUUACCUUUCUUUUCAAAAACCUAUUAAUGUCAAUAUCAAGUUUAUUAAGCAACACUGUAGAGAAAAACAGUACUCUUCACUACAAAUGUGACUAUAUGUGAACUAGGGUGAUGAAGAAAACUGAGGCAAAGGCCUUCAUCAGUCAAGUGAAGAAUAAACAAUUUUAAAAAAUUAACCGCAAUUCUCAAAAUGUUCUAGUUGAAGAAGUGAAAUAGGGUCUAAAUUGUGCAAACAGCGACCUCAAUCCUCUGUUUGACUUUGAAAUAAAUCUGAUAUUAAAAGAUGAAAUAAUUACUUUAAGAAAUCACUGAAACCUUGAAAGCUUUCAAGCUAUUUUUUGUCUCAACUGUUCUUACACCAAGAAUCACACAGGAAGAAAGGUAUAGAUGCCAUCAAAUUAGAUUACCAGAAAAAUUCUCUCUAUUUUACUUUAUUUAAUGUGACACAUAAAGAAAACCCUGCACAAAUAUCUGUCUUUAAUUUCUCUAGUGUAAAAAAAGAAAUAUAUUGUGUCUGGCAGAAUGAAACACUUGAAAUAGCCUGGGUGCAUUUAUAAAAAAAAGAAGGGGGAAGGAAAUCAGAUGCCUACAAUGAGCCUUCAAAGCCACUCCAGCAGUAGGGAUAAAUAAUGUAAUAAACUCAACUUCAUAUUCUUUUUAUCUCCCCAGUGUAAUAAGCACAUAUUAAAAAAAUAAAACUUUAAAUUCAUGAAUUUAGACUAGCAGCUAGCAGAUAAUGAAAAAACACCAAACGAUAUCUAUGUAAGCACUUAACAUGUAUGUGCAUAUCCUUUAACAGAUACCUCUUUUCCAGAUGAAAGGUUACAAUUGCUGAGAUUUAUGAACAUGCAAUUCAAAUUUAAAUUAGUUUUUUUCUAAAAGAAAAAAUUUUGCAUUCUUGUAUUUCUCAACAUAACAGAGUUUUUCUUUAAGCUUAAUAAUGACACUAUUUAUGAAUUACUUUGUAUAUACCAUAUAAGUAAGCAGGUUUACAGAAGUGGAGAUAAGUUAUUUAGGAAAUAGUACUUGAGGAAAAGUUGUUUUGCUAUUGUUAUUUCGAACGCUUCGAAGUGUUAAGGAUCACAGUAUUUAAUUAUUUUAUAUUCACUAAUACUACUAACAUUUAUGAUAAUGGUGUGCUCUGUCCUUAUUAUUAUUUUUUUUUCUAACCGGUACAUUUUAAAUCAAGCCUGCCUCAUAAACUAAGUAAAUGAAAUGUGAACGUCAUUUUACAUAACUGACGUUUUCCAUUAAAAUAAGCAGCUCAAACUAUUAUUACAUCAUGAGAUUCUUGAGAUGUUUUUUCCUUCAAUUAGGCCAGUUUUCCUUAAUUAUCAUUCUAUUAUUAGGUCAUGUCAAAGAUGUCUGCAUGCAUACCACGGAAAAUAAUUAAGUAUUUACAUCCUAAAGCAUGACACACACACAAUUUUAUUCUAGUAGCACUAAGAUUACAUUUUCAACAAAAAAUAUUGCAAGACUGGUAUAACUGGAGUUUUUAAAAAAACUUUUCACAUUAAUACGUAAAUGUAUAUUAAGCCAUCUCGAUGUACUGCAUAAUCAUUUGACAUAACUAGUUUAAUAGGUCAAAUGAUAUUUUUAAAAAAUUUACUGAAAAACAGUUAAAUAUGUUACUCCUAUAAAAUAAACAUAUCCCCCAAGCCUAGAUUAAAAUCGGCUGAAUUGCACAAAAACAUACUGUUAUUUGUAAUUCCUCUCUAUAGGUCAUUUGCAUAAAAAAAUUUCAGGGAUGGAAAACACACUUCUCCGAAUAGCUUAAUUUUCGCUUCAACAAUGAGGGGCGUCUAAGAUCACUGAAAGGAUUCAGCUACACAAGGCAAUUCAUUUCACGUGUUCAGUGUAAUAGAAAAUCACUGUGUUGCAGCAACAAGCAGUACUUGCACUAGAGUAUUAUUCAAUCCAGGGCGCCCAGUUCACCCACAGUGAUAACCGCGGACCGGUGAAUCCUAUGUUAUGUAAAUCACCUUCAACUCCGUGUGUGAAGGAUGCUUAAGGAAGCAGCUUAGAAAACACAGUCCUGGCGUCCUUGAAACUAAAUGACUUCACUUUCCUGGAACACUAGAUCUAAGGAGUUUCCUAGUAUACCUUUUCUCACCAUCCAUUUUUCUUUCUCAAAGUGCAAAUCGUUAGUGAAAAGGAGCUGGUUGCACCAAUUAGUUUGCACGAAGUGCUUCGGUGUUUAGCUUCGCUUUAACCCAAUUAAGCUGCACAGUGAGCCCCGAAGAUGCGCCACCUGCGCGCCUGGCUCCAGCCAGACCCGGCCGGCGUCCCUCGCAGGCCCGCAUCCUUCCCGUUAGACCCACUCAAGGUCCCUCGUACAGCCCUGGGGACUCCCGGUCCUCGGCUGUCUCAGGUCCUUGACAACCAGGGUUGUUCUGCAGGUGGCCCAAGAAGCCAAGGGGCGAGGUCUUGGGGCAAGCAUCUCAGAGCGCCUGAACCCAAGGGAGAGAGCGCAAGGCGCAGAGGCCCGCGGCGGGGCUUGGCUGCGACCGCACCUGGGCCGGUCGUGGGCGGUCAAGGCUGAGGGGUGCGUGGGCACAGCGUGGCCUGGAGCAGACGUGGAGAGUAAACCCGGACUCCAAGUAAGGUUUUCAAAUAAGCUCACGCAGAAAUAGAGCGUAGCGAUCUUGAGCCCAGAGAGGAAAGAAAGAGGGCACGGGAAUGCGGCGCAGCUAGAGAGAGAGGGCGAGCGGACGGCACAGGGCCACCCGCUCCGGUUGAGGGCAGAAGGCGGCGUUUCCCCAGAGACCACUGCACAUCUUCGCCGUGGCGGUUGCAGGUUCUCGGGCUCUGAUGCGUUUCCCCUCCAACUGCCAAAAGGUAGCAGUGCAUUCACCCGAGACGACGGCAAAGCGGGGAGGGGCUUUUUGGGUGUUCCCAAGCCCUGCUCCUAAGGGGAUGGAAGAUUCUUGGGAAAUAAAGUAGAUGGGUGCCACGCAACCCAAUGUAAUAUACUAUUUUCAGCUAAUUUGGAAUCUAUCACUGUUGGAUAAGGAGAAAUUAAAUAAUAAGUGGCUUUGUGAUGCUGUACCUGUGCAAAACACACAAACAAAAAUAAAAAACUUAAAAAAAGUGGGAUCCUGGCACAAGAUCUUAUUAAAAGUGGCUCUGAAAGUGCCUACAAACCUGUUACGGGGAGUUAUAGGAUUUGACUGGAAAUAUUCUUAAUUGGAAAGACGUGGCAUCUAAAUUAAAGGUAGACAAUUAAAAAAUCCACCUAGGUUUAAAAACCACGACAUAACCACUAAGUAGUAUUUCUUUAGUUUCCUGUGCUUUGAGGACACAACUGGACCACCAACUAGGAAGAAAAGAAAUUUCCUCCUCCUGUUUCCGGGUUCCAAAAUUCAGAAAUGAAAUGAUUUCAUUUUUGUUUUCAAAAUGAUGUUUAAAUCCAGAAAUGACCCCUAGCUGAUUGCAAGUUAAUUUUCUUUGAAAAUGUUAACCAUUUUCCCUUAAUUAAAUCACACGAAAUAGUAUAAAAUUAGAAGUCUACUGCUAGGUCACCACUUAAGGACACUUAAGACAGGAGAUAUAUCCUUAAUUAUACAUCUGUAAACAAGCCAGAAACCCCCAAACCUUCAAAUUUUCAGGAUAGUUAUCUGUGAGGAGGCUUGAUCUCCAUGCUUUCACGUGAAUUUUAUGAACUAAAAUUCCAUCCCAGAGACAAGUGAUUUUUCAAAUGUUUCUAUAGUGCAUAUAUAGCUUUGUGUCCUGCUUGUAAUGCUGGUCAAGUCUACCAAAGUGCAAAGACUGCAGCUGGUGGGACAGAGGGAUGUACCAAAUAUUUUUAAAACAUCCUAACUUAAACGGGGGUAGAACAUCUAAUACAUUCAGCAAUUAUUUUCAGAUUCCUUUCAACAAAUGCAAAAAAGGAAAAAACAUAAGUAAAAAAAGAGCACACUACCUCUAUAACGUUUCAAAAAAUCAUUUUAACAUAGAGGAACAUCCAGAAUGAGAAAAUUACACAGGUCCUCCUCCAUCUAAAGCCAACUUCCAUAUGCCAGUAGUCUGCAUGAACAAACUUUCAACCUGCAUUUAAGAAGACUCCAAGGAUUAACAUGCAUUAAUUAUCUUACUCUAAAUGCAAGUUAGUGAUUUUGUUUUAGAAAACCCCGUCUAGAUCACUAAUUGAUGGAUUCCCAUUAAUACACCUGUAUUUGCAUUUCAGCGGUAAAAAGACAAGCAGGGUUUUCGGCACAGAAGAGAGCCGCUUUGCCAAGUCUUUUCAAAAUGUCAAUAUGCUUCAAGUAGUACCACAGCUGAGCUAUUCCUCUUGAUUUCCAAACUGUCUAGGUGGCCUGGGUGGUUUUCUGCCGGCAGCAGCCUCCUACCUUUAGUUUGUGUGCCUAUAUCCAUGAGGGGGGAUUAAUUAGCCGGGUUGGAGCUGAAGGAGGCUGUCGUGACGAGCCCAGUGGCGAUUGGCCGCCCGCCUGCCUGGCCCUGCCUUUAUAAUUUCCACACGAGUGCAUCUGGGCUCUUAGACAAAUCAACAGCAGCUUCUUCUGACAUAUACACACGCACACUCACCCCGGACACACUCUCAGCACACUUUUCCUCCAUUUGAUUAACAGUGCUGCACACACAAUGAUUACGGGAAAGCGUAAAUAAAUACGGAAAGGGGUGCUUAUUUUGACUACUGGAAGAGCUUUGCUGGGUCUCAGCGCAACUUUUUUUUUUUUAUUCCUGAGAAGGUGAUCUCUCCAUGCGGUUCUCUCACACAAGGAUUCUUUAAAAGAGGAAGAGAGACAAGGAGAGGGGGGAGAACAGUCUUUCACUUUAAGAACGGCUGGGCUCAAAGAUAAAAGGAAGGGAAAAGCAGCAGCAGCAGCAGCAGGGAAACCAACGCUGCAGCACUUCCGAGAGGCAUUUUUGAUCCAUUUCUGAGCGCUGCGGCCCGUUUCUCCACCGAAGUUGGCUCCAGCUCUAGCAGCCGCAUUGGAUCCCACAGCUUACUGCGAGACUCCGGUGUACAAUCCGGAUCUCUGCCCCAACAUGAUUGCGGCCCAGGCCAAGCUUGUCUACCAUCUGAAUAAAUACUACAACGAAAAAUGCCAAGCCAGGAAAGCUGCCAUUGCCAAAACUAUCCGGGAAGUCUGCAAAGUAGUUUCCGACGUACUGAAGGAAGUGGAAGUGCAGGAGCCGCGGUUCAUCAGCUCUCUCAACGAGAUGGACAAUCGCUACGAGGGCCUCGAGGUCAUCUCCCCCACCGAAUUUGAAGUGGUGCUUUAUCUCAACCAAAUGGGGGUGUUCAACUUCGUGGACGAUGGCUCACUGCCCGGCUGCGCGGUGCUGAAGUUGAGCGACGGGCGCAAGAGAAGCAUGUCCCUCUGGGUGGAAUUCAUUACCGCCUCCGGCUACCUCUCGGCGCGCAAAAUCCGGUCCAGGUUUCAGACGCUGGUGGCUCAAGCGGUAGACAAAUGUAGCUACAGGGAUGUGGUAAAGAUGGUGGCAGACACCAGCGAAGUGAAACUGAGAAUCCGAGAUAGGUACGUGGUGCAGAUCACGCCGGCUUUUAAAUGCACCGGGAUCUGGCCGAGGAGUGCUGCCCACUGGCCACUUCCCCACAUCCCCUGGCCGGGACCCAACCGGGUGGCGGAGGUCAAGGCGGAAGGUUUCAAUCUCUUGUCCAAGGAGUGCCACUCCCUGGCCGGCAAGCAGAGCUCGGCGGAGAGCGACGCCUGGGUGCUGCAGUUCGCGGAGGCAGAGAACAGACUGCAGAUGGGGGGCUGCAGAAAGAAGUGCCUCUCCAUCCUCAAAACCUUAAGGGAUCGUCACCUUGAACUGCCUGGCCAGCCCUUGAACAAUUACCACAUGAAGACUCUGGUUUCCUACGAGUGUGAAAAGCAUCCCCGGGAGUCGGACUGGGACGAGUCUUGCCUGGGUGAUCGGCUGAACGGGAUUUUGCUGCAACUUAUCUCCUGCCUGCAGUGCCGGCGGUGUCCCCACUACUUUCUACCGAACUUAGAUCUGUUUCAAGGCAAACCUCACUCAGCUCUGGAAAACGCUGCCAAACAAACGUGGCGACUGGCAAGAGAGAUCCUGACCAACCCGAAAAGUUUGGAAAAACUUUAGAGGAUGAGUUAAUCAAGAGCUGAAAUUAUUACCCUUCUCAAAGUCCUUAUUAAGUGUAAACUUCUGUUCAAUUCCUAAUAUUCCACUCCGCAGUGUAAACAAUCUCUGAGUAAUAAUACAAUAUUUAGACAUCAUCUCACCCACCCCCACAAGGGGAGAAAAAGUAGGGCAAGCGGAUGGAGAAAAACCCAAAGCCACUAGUAUUAGAAGACUUCUUGCCACACGAUUUCCUAUCUCCCUUGAAAAGUACACCGUAACACUCCGUAAACAGCCCGGUUGUAAUGCAAGACCGCGACGAACACUCCGCCUAAUUAUCAAAGGAUUAUAGCAAUCCUGGUGAUUUAGGUGCAUCUGCCUGUGAGUAAACACGAUUUGGAUAUGCCAUCUGAAAGAAACUGUAAUGUAUAUUUUGAUUUGUAACAAAUAUUGUGAUCUCACAUUGUCUUUGAAAGUGUGGAUGUUGGUGUUUGUGAUUUGGUAAACAGAACUUAAAUUGCCAUUCUCGAUACUUCCAGACAUUUUCCACUAACAAAGUUAUCAUUUAAAGGUAGAUUUCCUCCUGGUACUUUCCUCUGUCUUUGAAAGUGUCUGAACUUUAAAAAGUUUACAUUUUGUUUCAAAUAUUGCUUGUUCUAUUUCUAACAUUCCAUAAAUAUACUUGAAAUGUUAUUUAAAUAUAUUCAAAGAAAUUUGAAUUCAGCUUAUAUAAUAACGCUUGAAUAUCUGAAUUAUAUAUUUGAAAAAUGCACUUGAAAUACACUGGAUAAUUACUUUUGUGAUUUAGAUUUUAAUUUGUUGCUGGUUUUUAUUUAAUUAGAUGCUAAUAAAUGAAGUAAAAUAAAA